GGCUCAGACUCGGACUCUCUGUUCCUCUCUCUCUCUCUCUCUCUGACUCUCUCUCUAAAAGUCGUUGCAGUUUUUUCAGAAUAGUUAUCGAAUUUGAUGUGCUUGUGAUUGGCUCAGAAGAAAAAUAGUAGUCUUUUUCUGUUUAGAUUUUGGUGCUGGAAGCUUGUUAUGGAAAAGUUUAAUGGAUUGUUAUUGUUGAAGAGGUUUUGUGGACGCCAAAACUGGGUUAAAUUGAUUUGUUGAGAAUUUGUGGUUUGAUAAUCCUUUGUUGAGACAUCAAGAUGAUUGGGAGAAAAAACAAUGGGCGUCCGUCGCCAAUGUUGCUGGUUCUUUUGGCGCUCGGGUUUUUCUUUGCAACGUAUAAUCUAUUGACCAUCAUAAUACACAUCAAAUCUUCGAACUCAGGGAGUUUGGCUGCUGAUAGGUCGGAGUUGUCCGAUCCCUUGACUCGAAUGCCUGAAGAAACUAGGAGAGCGGAGAGUUCCAAUUCAAAGUUUCAUGUCGCCCUUACGGCAACUGAUGCUCCUUAUAGCCAGUGGCAAUGUCGAAUCAUGUAUUACUGGUAUAAGAAGAUGAAAGAUAUGCCUGGAUCAGACAUGGGGAAAUUUACACGGGUUUUGCAUUCAGGAAGUCCUGACAAUUUGAUGGAGGAGAUUCCGACCUUUGUUGUUGAUCCACUGCCGCAGGGCUUGGAUAGGGGUUAUAUUGUCCUGAAUAGGCCAUGGGCUUUUGUGCAAUGGUUGGAGAAAGCAACGAUAAAGGAAGAGUACAUUCUAAUGGCAGAACCUGAUCAUGUAUUUGCAAAUCCUUUGCCCAAUUUGGCGAAAGGAAAUCAUCCAGCAGCGUUUCCAUUUUUCUAUAUAAAACCCGAUCAAAAUGAAAAGAUAAUUAGGAAAUUUUAUCCUGAGGAAAAAGGUCCGGUGAACAAUGUUGAUCCCAUUGGCAAUUCUCCUGUAAUCAUUAAGAAGUCCCUACUAGAGGACAUUGCUCCCACGUGGGUGAACAUUUCCUUGAGAAUGAAAGACGACCCAGAGACUGAUAAGGCUUUCGGAUGGGUGCUUGAAAUGUAUGCAUAUGCUGUAGCAUCUGCAUUGCAUGGCGUCCGCCAUAUUCUCCGGAAAGAUUUCAUGCUUCAGCCUCCAUGGGAUUUGGAAGUUGGUAACAAGUUUAUCAUCCACUAUACAUACGGAUGUGACUACAAUAUAAAGGGUGAACUGACUUAUGGAAAAAUUGGAGAAUGGCGCUUUGACAAAAGAUCUUAUCUUAGUGGCCCUCCACCAAAAAACCUUUCAUUGCCCCCUCCAGGAGUUCCUGAAAGUGUGGCGAGGCUUGUGAAAAUGGUAAAUGAGGCAACCGCAAAUAUUCCCGGGUGGGACGCCCUAAGUUAAUGAGAGAAGUGAAAAGUUAUUUGCCCAUAUCUUAUACUAUUUACUCAUAUCAAAGAGCUCCCAAGUAAGGACAGGUCAAUAGAAACUGCACGAAACAGAAGAAUGGUACAGAUGGAGUGUAAAUGUCUUGGAAGAAGUCAGACAAGAAGGUUUUGUUAUUGACCAUUUGAAACACAAACCAUGGAGGUCACAAAAUUCUUUUGUACACUAGAUUCUUUUUUCUCACUUUUUUGUUCUUUUUUGGUAAACAUUCACUGAAGGGAGCUUAUAGGAAGUUUUAUAAGUAAAUUUUGCUUAUAGUAAGUUAUAAGCCUCAAUAUGAGUUUUCAGCAGGUAAGCUGUAUUGAAAAUUCUGCAGACAAGGAAUUAAAAUUUUUGCUUAUUUCAUCAA